GCAAUUCGCGAAGAACAGUCUAGAGCCGCGUUUUCCAUCAUCAAGACUGUUAUCGUUAUCGCGUCGAAAAAUAUCGAUUUUCGUGCAAGGCCAAUGUCCAACCGAGACAAAAUGUUCGCCGCAACUCUUGUCUUGGCGUUUGUCGUAGCGCACGUCGCAGCGGAAAUACCCUCCUAUAUUCACGUAUGUGGACGUAGAAACCCGAAUAUCGAUGAGUGCAUUUUGAAGAACGUUGAAAAUUUGAAGAGUAAAAUAUGCGAGGGUAUACCAGAGCUCAGCGUUAAACCGAUCGAGCCAAUGCACAUCAAGAGAAUUGAAGUCUUCAACGCAGACAACUCUAAGCUAUUCUUGAAUGACAUGUACAUUACAGGACUCUGUAAUUACGAUAUAAAGUUUUUUCACAUGAACUUCGAGAAGCUGCACUUCGACGUUGAUCUCGAAUUCAAGCGAAUCAAUAUAAGCACAAUAUAUGACCUCAACGCGAACAUAAUAGUGAAUAUUGCUAUGAAGGGACCGAUUCAUAUUACUACAGAUAAUGUAUCAGCGAAAGCGGGUAUUGAUCUCAACGUGACAAACAAAGACGGCAAGGAACACGUAUACGUGUCGAAUAUGAAUCUGGAUCUUGAUAUCAAAGGAUACGAGGUGGACUUAAGUUCGUUUAGCGAUACGCAAUUAAAUCAAAUGCGAAAGAUCGGUGAGACCUUUGCUAUCCAGAGCCGACAGGAAAUCAUCAAGGUGAUAAAGCCGAUCAUAGAGAAGAUCGUUAUAAAACAUAUCCUUAACUUUUCCAACGAGAUAGUCAAAAACUUCACUUUCGACGAGCUGUUCCCCGAUAGAGCAUAAUGCUGCAAUUCUAAGCAAAUAUAUGAGUAAAUCAUAAAAUCGUAAAGUCGUAGCUUACGAAUCAAUCGUAAUGUUGGUAAAAUUCACAAACCGUAACUUUAUUGACAACUUCUAAUUAGUUGUAAGAUUUACGAGAAAUCGUAGAUAUUUACGAAUUAUCGUAUGACAUACAGUCCGCAUAGAAUUGCAAAUCUACUCAUAAGUUCUUACGAGUCUUACGAGAACAAAUUACGAGUUUUACGGUUUUAUCUAGAAUUUCAGUAUAAAUCACUUGGUUAUUGCGAUAGAGAUUUCGUUAUAAGAAUUGGGUUACGCUUGUAUAUCGAUAACAUAUUGUGAGAGAGAGAAAGUAAGAGAGAGAGAGAGAGAGGACGAGAGAGAGAAAGAAAGAAAAACAAAUUGAAUCAUUGCUGAUCCUUAAAUAAAAAAAAAAACUUGCUUGAAAGAACAGCAAAUAAAUACAAGUUACCUUAGACUAACAUCCAGUCAUCAAUCUUUUGCAACCACUUUUAACAGACUAUCCGUACAUGUCUGAAGUAAAUAUGAUCUCAAAGGAUCAAAUCCUUUAACUGUAUUACUUAAAUAAAUACACAGCAGUGGUCCCCCUCUAGCCGUUAAAUAACACUCGCGCGAGCGUCGCAACAUUGCAACACUACGAGAAAUCGCGGAAGUUAUAUCAGACCACGUAGUGACAUAUAGCUUGCGUUGCUUUCGGCGGAAAGAAAUCUCGGCAAGUCCGACACGCGCGAUGCAUUUCGCUCUUGAUUAUAAAGUUCAGUUAUAUGGUCAAUCAUACCUGACAACUCGAGGCGAGCUGCACUGCGUUGCAGUGAACAUAAGUCGGAAACGAACGAUUGAAAGCAGUCGACUGUUUUUGUGCCGAUCCGCGUGAUGCAAUUCGUUUUUUAUACGGUCACUUAAAUGCAGGAUAAUUAAAAGCAAUGAUAUUCACACAUACCAUGCGCGCGUGCACACACACAGACAAGACAGACAAGACAGACACACAAUAACGUUAUGUUUAAUCUUCGAUGUUUGUGUAUCUUGUUAUCCUUGCGAACCAUUGCUAGCGACUACUCGUUCCGUUAUUGUAAGCAUUUCAUGAAGAACAGGAAGAUAUUUCUCUUUCACCUGGACUUGGCUCCAUCGACGUGGCUUCCGCUCCGUUAAUUCCGUAUCGUGAACCCACAAAGUAGGUUGGUAAUUAUUAGCAUCCCGAGUAAUUAUUGGUAUCUCCAAGAUUCUGGAGAAUGAUGUGCGAUAAGACUACAUUUACGAAGGUAAAUACAGCUCGUGACUCAUGGACUUACGGAGAGAGCACGGAUUUUGAUUAUGCAUUGGAGAUAUUGUGACAUUAUUAGCUGAUUAGCAUAUCACGGUUGCGACAAAACUUAAAAUACGGUUGCGACAAGCGCAUAAAAUAGAAUAAAUAUGUUUCUGUGA